AUGGAGGCAGUUCAAACAUGGGUUUCAAAGAACAAACUUGCCAGCAUUGGAGCACUAUGGGCCUCUGGAAUUGGAGCAACACUAGUAGCUUAUUCGCGAGCUAAAUCUCCGAUGAAGCCGAGUUUAAGGCUCAUCCAUGCUAGGAUGCACGCACAGGCGCUAACUCUAGCAGUGCUUUCGGGUGCGGCUGCAUAUCACUAUUAUGAAAAUCGUGAUGUUCAUCUAAAACCAGUGGCAGAUGAUAGUUCUGCUCCAAAUGUCAGGCAUCUAGUUGAAUCGGAGCUCCAAAGUCCAUUUUAA